AUGGAUAAAAUGGAUAAUAAAAAUAAAUCGGAUAAAAUGGAUAAACCAGAUAAACCUGAUAAAGUGAAUAAAUUGAAGAAAAUGGAUGGUAUAAGCAAAAUGAAACUAAUGGAUUUUUGUAACGAGAAAAUAAUGCGUAAAAGCGUUUUCAUCACUUUCAUUGUACUUUUAAUGACAGUUUUUGUGUUACCUCAUCCAGUUCAUAAUCCAGUUGUCGAACAAUUUACAAGUUGUACAACUGACCUUUUCAGGGAUAUAAGUUUAGCCAAAAUUCCUGCACCAGGUGAAAUUACACGGCAUGUUGACUCAUAUAAUACGCUUGCAAUCAUGCUGAGAAUGAGCCCAGCUCACAAGAACACUGGGGCAAGCGCUUCACGUCACCUUGAAAAUUACUCUGAAUUACUUUACAAAGCAGGAGACGCUUUACGUGAAAUGUUUGUAGAAAGUAAAACGGUUCAUAACACUUUCGAAAUCGAAGUCAAAUCCAUGAUCGAUAAAUUCUCCAGAACUCCCAGUAUUUUUAUGAAUUCCGAUUUCUUCAAAAUACGUAUAUUAAAAUUGGAGAAGGCCAUAAUGGAAUUUAGAACUAUGGUCGAUGAUGCUAUGAAGCUGAUCAUAGAGGUUCAACAGAAAACUAAAGUGGUCUCUGAAAGUCUUUUUGAAGCCCAAGUAGAAGUCGGAGAUUAUAAUAUCGACAAUACCAGUAAAAGGAAUUUUGAUUUAACCGCUGAAGCUAUCAAUGAUAUAAAGAAUAUGAGAGGACACCUUGAUGAGACGGCAGCAGGUUUGAAAGAAGUUCGCGGCAAAUUAAAAGAUUAUGAAAUAAACAUGAAUAAAGUUAAAGUAAAUCUAGGUGUAACCAUAUACGAGAUAACCAACGAAUCACUCCAACAUUUAAAAGCUGCUGUGGAUCUUUGGAGAGAGAGCCAGACUAAAUUUUUUAAUAAACAAAAGAAGCGUGCUAUUGGUGGUUAA